AUGAUUGGGGAGGAGCCUAGACCGAGUGACCCCACGCUGCAGGAAGAUUGGGACGAGCGCUCCUCGGCUGGCUACUAUUUGAUGUCGCAGAGUUUGGAGCUGAACCAGCGUCACCACGUCAUGCACCUGCUGCCGGAGGUUGAAUGCGGUCCGAAGGCGUGGACCGUGUUGAAGGAGCUGCACGCCCCGACCUCCGUUGUCGCAACGUUGAUGCUGGAGAGGGAGCUGUCCGCGUUGCGCCUGAGCGAGGGAGAGCCGGUGCAACCAGUCCUGGACAAGAUGCGCGACCUCUACGCGAAGUUGGCGACCGCGGGAAUCACCUACCCGGAGCAGACCAAGUGCUUGAAGAUGCUCUCGCUGCUGCCGGAAUCGUGGCUUCAAUUUACGAGCGGAUUGAGCCUGCCGCAGAACCAGAGCUCGUGGACGCUCGAGUGGGUGCGGACGAAGAUUCUGGAGGAGGACUUCCGUCGCCGCCAACUGAGGGGUGGAGACGACGGCAGCAGCAGCUACGGGAUGCAAGGGAGCCGACGUGGCAGAGGACGUGGCUUUGGUGGUGCUGGACGCGGUGCAAAGAAAGACGACGACUCCAACGACCAACAAGGAGGUACUGGUUGGGGUCGCGGUGCGAAAUCUGGACGUGGGGGCAAGUCGGGUGCUGGUGGCAAAAUGAAAGGGAGUUGCUGGUAUUGUGAGAAGGAAGGGCACCCCUGGUUUUUGUGCUAUAAGAAACCCGAUGGAUGGACCCCCCAGAAUCGUCACCAGGAUGGCGGCGCGCGGAGGAACCAGAAAAACGGCGCCAACAUGGUCGCUGAUUCGUCCGACAACAACCCGAAGGGCAACGGCGGUGCGGAGAAGAAGAAGGAGCGCACCGCGGGCCAAUUCUUCCAUGUGGGAGACAAGGGGGAGCAAGGAGACGCCUCUGCCAAAGUUGGAGCAGAGCUGCACCCCCUAGACUAUUGGGUGUUGGACACAGGCGCUGCUUGGACGAUGACGCCGCGCAAGGACCUGCUGGACGAAGUACGAGCUGCACCGAUCAAUGAAGUGUGCUCCGCCUCUGGACACAUGUUGAAGGUGGCUGGUGCGGGACGAGCUGCGUUUAAGGGAGCGGAUGGCAAGCCGGUGGUGCUGCACGACGUUCUCUUCGUCCCCGACCUGAAGGCCAACCUUAUCUCCCUCCGUAAGCUUGGCAAGGCUGGGGUGAACACCAACACGGAUGGGGCACGCACUUAUAAGGGGAAGCUGGGCAAUCGGGUGCUUUGGGAUCUGCACGAGAGCAAGGACGUGUACAGAUCUAUGUGGCAGCUGCCGGCCCUGGCGUGGCAUGGUGGGGGGCAGGCUGGAGAGGGGUCUGCAUCCCAGGGGGAGUGCAAUGCCGUUGGAGGGGUUGGUGUGAAAGUGUCGGCCAGAUCUGGGGAGACAGAUUGGGCAACGGCACACCGGCGCUUAGGGCAUGUGGCAAUGCCUUUGCUGAAGCAGCUGGAGAAGGAUGGAGCCGUUAAGGGUCUGAAGCUGAACGGACAGCCACCCGAUGACAACUGUGAAAUCUGUUUGCUUUCAAAGUUCACCCGUUUCCCUUUCCAUAGUGUGGCUGGCAGGAGCAAGAAGCCUUUGGAGCUGGUCCACAUGGACUUGGUGGGGCCGCUGCCGGUGCAAGGGCACAAGGGGGAGCGGUAUUUUCUUACAAUUGUGGAUGACUGGAGCAGGCUGAUGUGGGCGUAUCCGCUGAAGCAGAAGGACCACGCCGCCUCCACGAUACGGGACGAUUGGCUGCCAUUCGUGGAGAAGCAGGCGGAGUGUGUAGUGAAGCGGAUUAGGACAGACCGGGGUGGUGAGUUCCUUGGAGCUGAAAUGACGGCCUGGCUCAAGAAGCAGGGCAUCCAGAGAGAGCUGACCACGGCUUAUACCCCACAGUCCAAUGGUGUAGCAGAACGGGCAAACCGGACCAUUCUGGAGACAGCUAGGGCGCUGCUCAUAGAAUCUGGGCUGAGCAAUUCUAUGUGGCCUCAUGCUGUCCGGCACGCCACUGUCGCUAGGAACAGGGUGCUCACCAAGGUUGGGGAUGACUCGUGGGUGCCGUUGGAGAGGUGGCUUGGGAGGAAGCCGCCGGUGGACAUGCUGAGGGUGUUCGGUUGCAUGGCAGUCGCCCACGUCCCCAAGACCUACCGCAGUAAGUUGGGGGCGAGUGCAAUCUGGUGUGUGCAUUUGGGGCUGGCUGCUGAGAGCAAGGGAUGGCUGCUGUGGGAACCAUCCAAGGGUGUGUUGUUUGACAGCAGGGAUGUGAAAUUCAUUGAGGGCAUGAUGUAUGGGAGCUGGGAGAAACAGCCGGAGGCAAGGGUGUCCCAGCAGAUGGAGCAGAUCACCAUGCAGCUGGACCUGACUCCUAGUGUGUGGGAGGAGGGAGAGGAGGCAGCUGCUGGAAAUGGUGAUGGAGAGAAGGUACAGGAGGCAUCUGCUGGUGGAGAAAAUGGUGUGGAAACUGGCGGCAGCACUAGUGGAGCUGCUGGACCCGAGGGAGGAGAGAAGCAGCAGGGAAAAACUAAGAAGCCGAAGGGUGUCGUUAUGAAGGGAUGGGAGACACCCGUCUCCAGGCCAGGACGUACCCGUAUGGCUACUAAGAAGCUGACUGCAGGAACUGAUGCAGCAGAGCAGCAGCUAGGGACCGAAGAGGCAUUGCUGAUUCUACCUCAUGGCUAUGACCCGGAUGAGGAGGAUGAGCCUGCGUACUGUUUUCUUGCCCCUGCACCAGAGGAACCAGCUAGCAUGGAGGAGGCAUUAGCUGGACCAGAUAGGGACAAGUGGCUGGCUUCUAGGGAUGCUGAGUACCAGAGCCUGCUGGAGAAUAGGACAUGGGAUCUGGUGGUGCUGCCUGAUGGGAAGAAAGCGAUACAAUGCAAGUGGGUGCUGAGGAUCAAGACCGAUGACAAGGGGCAGGUCACCAUCUACAAGAGUAGGCUGGUGGCGAAGGGGUUUAUGCAGAAGGAGAAGCAGGACUUCAACGAGAUCUUUGCUCCCACUGCCAAACCCCCUACCCUCCGUGUCUUGUUGGCAGAUGCAGCUGUUAGUGGGAAAUUCAUCAUUCAGAUGGAUAUUUCAACGGCAUUCCUGAAUGGGAUUUUAGAGGAGGAUGUGUACAUGACGCAGCCGCCUGGGUAUGAGGAUGGUACGGGCAGGGUGUGCAAGCUCAACAAGUCCAUCUACGGCUUGAAGCAGGCGCCACGCUGCUGGUACCAGAAGUUGGCAGCUGUUUUAGAGGAGAUGGGAUUCAGGACCAGCAGCUGUGAUGAGAGCCUCUUUCUCAAGGGCGAGGGGGAGAAGCUGGUGCUGUUUCUGGUCUAUGUGGACGACAUUCUUCUCUUCAGCAGCAGCAUGAAGGAGAUCCAGAAAGUGCAGCAGCAACUGAUGGAAAACUUCAAGUGCAAGAACCUUGGGGAGGUAAAGUACUACCUCGGGAUGCACGUGGAGAGGGAUCCAGAUCACAGGUGGUUGAAGCUGCACCAGGAGAAGUUCAUCAAGGAGCUGGGGGAGAAGUAUGGGAUUGAGAAUGAGCGCAAGGUUGCAACUCCCCUGCCAGCAGAAUUCAAGCUUGUGAAGGCUGCAGAGGAUGAAGGGGUUGAAGCUGAAGAGCAGCAGCAAUUUCAGUCCUUGGUGGGCAGCCUCUUGUACGCAGCAGUUCACACGAGGCCCGACAUCUCUUUCUCGGUUGGGCAGCUGGCUAGGGUGGUGCAGAAUCCAUCAGAGGAGCAGGUGGAUGCAGCUGAGCGUGUGGUGAAGUACCUGAACUCUCACCCAAGCAUUGGAGUUCAAUACUCCGCAUCUGCACAGGUGAAGCAGAAAGGGGUGGAGGUGCUGAAAGAGAAGGGGGAGAGGCUUGGAGAAGGCAAGCUAUUUCUCACUUGCUUUACCGAUGCUACGUGGGCUUCUGAGAAGGAGGAUUCCUCAUCUGUGGGAGGAUACAUCUGCGUAGUUGGGGGAGGACCUGUUAGUUGGAGGUCCAAGAAGCAGACGGAGACGGCACUCUCUUCCGUAGAAUCAGAGUACAUGGCGAUGUUCCAUGGGGUGAAGGAGGUGAUUUGGCUGAGGAGGCUGUUAGAGGAGAUUGGCCAGGAGCAGAAAGUUGCUAUGCCGCUGUUUUGUGAUAGCAAGGGGGCUCUUGGGAUGGCCAGAAACGCUGUGCUUCAUGGGCUGAACAAGCACAUGCGUAUCAAGUGGCACUGGCUGCGUAAGGAGGUGAAGAGGGGGACGGUGCAUCCGAUCUACAUCAAGACUCACCAGCAGCCAGCAGACUUUCUCACCAAGAGGCUUGCGGAUGAGCCUCAUUGGCGUUGUGUGCGCAUGAGUGGAAUGAGCAUGAACUAG